AUGGUUAAGAACACCGCUUUUAUGUCUCUUAAUCUCUUUUCAAAAGUGGCAAACUCAGGGGACAACAACAGGGGCGGCCGCCGCAGAUUCCGGCCACCACCACCACCACCCGCCGCCGCCACCACCACCACCACCAUGGAUGAGCCCGUCCAUAUAUUCAGCAUGCAGCCGGAGGACGAUUACCUGCUUUCGGCUGUGGUGGCUCGACCCCCGACUACCCCUUUUGCCCGGCCAUCUCUGCCUGAGUCAACUCGCCUGAGUCAGUCCAUGGAGAUGUCAGCCAUGGUGGCCGCUUUGACUCAAGUGGUGUCCAGCCAGGAAGGUUCUUUGGCUCCGGCACAGUUUUUCUCUCACGGUGUGGGGUUAAGCAUGACAGCUGGCAUGGACUCACCGAACCCCACUCACUCCUCGUCGAGCUCGGGCUCUCAGGUAAGCUUGAAGAGGGAGAGGGAUAUGGAGGACGGCUUAUUGCAGUUGCCGGAGCAGUUCCGGAGGGGCUACCGCCACCUGGGGGAGUCGUCUUCUUCCUCCGCCUGCUAUACAGCUGGUUAG